CUGAACCCUGGUACCUGGCCCAGAUCAGUGUGGUAUUUCCAGCCUAUGCUGGGCAAUCGCAAGGAUUUCUCUGGGGGGCGGUGUCAGCAGCAGCACUGACAGGUGCCUCGGGGGCGGUGCAUGAGGCGGUGCAAUUGCUUCCGGUUCCGGUCUUGGCGGCUCCAGGAGGAGCGGGGGAGAUGCUGCGGGAGCUGACCUGGCGGGUUGGGGCCGCAUUCCUGCGAUUGAUCACUGCGCGCCCCAUGGCUGGAGUGCCCACGGUUUCGCUACCUGAACUCCGUUUGCUCCUAUCCUCGGGCCGGGUCCGCCUCAUCGACGUGCGAUCUCGGGAGGAGGCUGCAGCUGGGACCAUCCCAGGGGCGCUUAACAUCCCGGUGUCUGAGUUGGAAAGUGCCCUGCAGAUGGAGCCAGCUGCUUUCCAGGCUUUGUACUCCGCUGAGAAACCAAAGCGGGAAGAUGAGAACCUCGUUUUCUUCUGUCAGAUGGGCAAGAGGGGAUUGCAGGCCACCCAGUUGGCCAGGGGCCUUGGAUACACUGGGUAUGGAGAAGGUGUGGAUAGCUACCUGGGGAGUGACUGGGGAUUCCCUCCGGAGCCUGACCUUCCCUCACCCCUCUUUGUCUCCACAGGGCUUGCAACUAUGCUGGGGCCUAUAAAGAAUGGUUCGAGAAAAUGGGUUAGUUAAAACGAUGGUUUACCGAUUGCCCGGCCACCUUUCUCUCAAAUGACACUUCCUGGCAACCUUUACUAGAGAUGAUGAAGGGGCUGACUUGCUGGGCUGGGCAACUCCUUGUAGUGUCAUGCACACCAAAAAAAUCAAAUAAAGAGCAUUUAAUUAAAGUCUUGGAAGCAUUUAAUUUGGCAGAUGGACUGAAAACAGGUCCAGUCUUAAUCUAGACCUCAGAUCAGUCCUGGGUCCUGUCUCCUUCCAGUGUUCAUCUACCACAACUCACCCCCCUGCCCGUAAUACAUUAAAAAAAAAAAAAAAUCCAUCACCAUCAAGUUGACUGACUCAUGGUGAUCCCAUGUGUCACAGCGUAGAACUGCUCCAUAGGGUUUUCUUGGCUAUAAUCUUUAUAGCAGCAGAUCACCAGGUCUUCUGAGGUGCUGCUGGAUGGAUUUGAACUGCCAACCUUUGGGUUAGUUGACGGUGAACCACUUGCACGUCCCAGGCACCUUUCCCCAAAUACAUACCAGCAGCUUUGGGAGACUACAGGUCUUCUGAGGCAUUGGUGUGGUUCAGUGGUAGAAUUCUUGCCUUCUAUGUAGGAGAACCAGGGUUUGAUUCCCGGCCAAUGCACUCCAUGUGCAGCCACCAUCCAUCAGUGGAGGCUGUGUGUUGCUAUGAUGCUGAACAGGUUUCAGUGGGCUGGGUUCUCUAAAAGAGCAAAACCAGCGAAGCAUGUAUAUCAAUAUAUAUAGAGAGAGAUUUAUUUCCAGGAAAUGGCUCACACAAUUGUGGAGGCUGGCAAGUCCCAAAUCCAUGGGUCAGGCAGCAGGCUGAAGGCUUCUCCUGAUUCAUGUGGUUGUAGGGGCUGAGGACCCCAAAAUCUGCAGGUCAGGUGGGAGGCUGAAGGCUUCUCAUGAACCAAGAGCCAGAGGUCAGACUAUGAGCCGAAUGCGAGAGAGAGAGCUUUUCCAGAACACAUGUUUGUAUCAGGAAUGCAGUCCACUCCCCCAAGAAAAACUCGUCUUCCAACUGAUUGGCUGCUGUAGUGGAAUGAGUUCCUUUAUGUGGCCUUUUGCUUUGGCUCUUUGAAAAACAGUUUGAGAGAUUAUUCCCCUAAACCCUGAGGAGUUACCUUUGCUCUAGAUUUCUACCCUAGAGGGUUUGUUACUUUUGUACAGGUUGAUUGACAUUUCCUGGGUAAGCUGUAAACAAAGUUGCUUUGAUACUUUUUGUCUGGCCUUGGGCGGCUGUAGCCUGCAUUGUCAUUGGUAUGUACUUUAUAGGGACUGGCCAAUACACUAUGCAAAUGAAGUGCCUAGAAAAUCAAAAAACCAAACUCUUAGCCAUCCAGUUGAUGCUGACUCAUAGCGACCCUCUAGGCCAGAGUAGAACUGCCCCGUAGGGUUUUCUAGGCUGUAAUCUUUACAGUAGCAGACUGCCACAUCUUUCUCCCAUGGAGCAGGUGGUGGAGCACUCAACCAUUGUGCCACCAGUGUACCUUUUAAGUGACUAUAGACUAUGCAAAUGAAGUGACUAUAGCCUAUUAGGCAAAUGAAGUAUCUGUGGCCUACUAAGAGGGGAUUGGGCAGGUUGUGGCCCUGUUGGGAGGGCCAUGCCUUGAAAUUGAGAAGGAGUUUGCUUAUAUAUGCAGUCAACCCCUCAGAGGCUGGCAGACAGAAGCAGAAGGAAGAACGAAGAAGCAGAGAGAGAGGAAACAAGGCACCUUCUAAAAGAGCUGUAACAUGGGUCAAGGCUGUAACACUGAAGACAGUGAAGGGGCCCUGGUGGCAGAGUCAAUGGUGACAGCAGGAACCUGCUGCUAGGAGUGCAGCUGAGGGAGCUGAACAAAGCUGCUACACUGGCUAUGAGCUGGGUCAGUUAGCAGUGGGGAGGCUGACGGCAGGGAGGCCUGUCCCCAGGGGGCUGAGAGAAGCCUAUCCUGGCUAUGAGCUAGGUCGGUUAGCAGUGGAGAGGCUGAUGGCAGGGAGGCUGAAGGCAGAGAGGCGUGUCCUCAGAGGGCUGAGGGGAAACUUGUUCUGUGGGGGCUGAGCGGAGAUGUGCACGGCCAAGAGAGGACGUGGACAGCAGAGAGAAGGGCCUGCUUGCUCGCGUGGCCGAGAAUUGCUGAGAAAGCUGUCCUGCACUGAAGAAGGGAGGGGUGUGCUGUCCACUUUGGGGAAGCUUUCCAGACUCUGCCUGCAUGCUUCCUGGUCCUGAUCCUGACUUAUAGCCCGUUGACCCUGAUCCUGAGUUGUAGCCUGUUAAUUCCUUAGUAAAUCUCUUAACUGUAAGGAUGGUCUCUGAGUUCCGUGUGGCCGUUGCAAUGAAUUACUGAACCCAGUAGAGAAGUAGAGAGUGCUGUGGGAGGGAUGGUUGGUGUCAGAAUUGGUAAAAAGGUUGGAGAGUGGAGGUGUGUCUGACCUCCACCUCACAGGAAUCAGCUUUGGGCUGAUCCUGGUCAUUAUCUCCCCUGAAGUUAAACAGGUUCUGAUGCUACUACUACUAUCCUUUUACAGCUGCUUACAUCAGAUCACAAAAUGGGAGGCGAUUACAGACUGUCUGCCACAUAACCAAGAAUCAUCGUCUAGCCAGGCGGACACGUAACGUUAACCAUCACACAGACUACGAUCGGAAAAUCAGCCGAUGAAAACACUGUGGGUCACAACGGUCUGAUCAGUUGCCACAGGGGUGGCGUAGGACUGGGCAGGGUUUCGUUCUGUUGUGCGUGGGGUCGCCAAGAGUUGGGGGCAACACAAUGGCAGCUAACAACAACAAAAAUUCUCUUCGAACAGUUGUUUUCACCCCAGGAGGCGCAUCGGAAUCACGUGCAUAGCUGGGGGGGAAAAAAAAAGCUUGCACCCCAUCCCAGAUUCAGAAUCUGAGCAUUAGUGGUUUUAUAAGCCCCUCAGGUGAUUCCAACAUGCUGUCAGGAGUGGGAACCAUUGCUAUUUUCGUACAUAUUUUUCAUGAGCGCUCUUGCGCUAAAAUGGCAGAUUAGUUGCAAAAGAGGCUGCAUGUCUUGCAAAGCCUAAAAUAUUACUAUCUGACCCUUCACAUAAAAACUUCGCCAACCCUUGCUCUAGACCUUCAGGUCCUCAGUCCCAACUCCACUUCCCUCAGACUUUGUCACUGGGUUGAGGAAAUGAGAGAGGACAGUCUCAGGCUGUUGGGUAAGGGAAUGGAGGGCAACCUUCAUUCCUAUAGGUGUGUCACACACAGACCACAGGUCCCAGUUUUUAUCAUUACUCAUCCCACACUGGACUGUAACAAAGUUUAACUGGCUACAAAAAAACGAAACCAGCACAUACUGAAACAAAAUUCGACACUACAAAAUAGGUAUGUAACUUCCUUGUAGCAGAGUGUGUUGUUUGAUACAUAUCCUUCCAGACAUUUUUCAUAUUUUAAUGACAGGAUUUUCACUUAAGGUGGAUUUUUAAAAACUUUAUUCUUUUAUCCCUCGAAGAGAAGGCUGGGUCGGAAAUGGACGCAAUUUUCUGAGGAAAUUCCUUCAGGCAUUUUCUGCUUCCUUGCCUUUCUUUUAUCCCCUCUUCCUCUUCCUUUCUCCCUUCUGGAAUGUACCUAGCCCUCCUACAUCUUUUAUCUCUCUGUCCACACUCCAUACUCUAUAAUUAUAAUCUUCCAUUCCUCUGGCUCUUCAGCUUCUCUGUCAAAGAGCCCUACUCUCUCCCUGGGCUAAUGACAAUUAUCUGAGGUCAGCCAGACAUUGCUGGGUCUGGAGACAAAGACAAAAUAUGUGAAAGCAUCUACCUCAGGGUCUGGCAAGUAGUAGGUGCAAGUUAACCUUUAACCAAAUAUCCAAAUCCGUUUUGUUCUCAGACUGGUUGGGAGGUUUUUCCUGAGGUCUGGCUUCCCUCUUCCUGUGAGUCUUUACUGCUCUAAUCCCCUCCUCCCCCCACAAGUCUUUAUUAUAAUUAAAUCAUAGCAUUCCUUUUAUUAUUAUUAUUACUGAGGCACACUUUACCUACGAUAAAAUGCACAGUUCCUAAGUGUUCAGUUCACUGAGUUCUGACAUUUGUAUGCUUCCUUGUAACCACCACCCAAACUAAGAUAGAGAACACUGUAAUCCUCAGGAAUUUGCCUCCACCUCUUUUCAGUCAAUUCCAUCCCCCCUCCCUUCCUGGGCAGCUGUUUUCUAUCUUUUAGCACCAUAAAUUAGUUUUCUAUAAGCCCCCUUCCUUGCCUAACUCAAUAGUAUUUCCUUUCUUCAAUUUAACGGCUGUUCAGGGUUAAAGAAAAUCCUAGAAUCGAAGUGAAUCAGUUCUCUGCAUCACCACGCCCUCUGGUUUAAUUAUUGUUAAGAGAACAUUCUUCUUUCUCCCUCAUUAAUUGUUAGGUUCAUAACCCUGAACCCUGAUGGGCUGUUCCAAUCCGUUAUUUUACCUUUUAAAGUUCUCUGCCUUUCCUCACCACUAACAAUAUGUCAGCCAGUAAGGCUGAAGAUCGAGAG